AAUAAGUGGGGCGCAGAAAAUUUUUGGAAAGAAAACCUCUCCGUCGUUCUACUGCUCGAUCCUACCUUGGCUGUAGAUAAACGAUGAGGGCGAUAACUGUGAAUAGCCGCAGCAUCUUCCGGUUUUGCUGCUCCGAUCUUUCUUCUUCCUUGAGAUUUCGCUCAUUCAGCAGUGAGAAUGGCGGAAAAAAUAACAAUAAUAGUUUUUUUGAGAGUGGAGAUGAUUUUGAGCGUCGUCUAUUUGGCGAUGUAGGCAACAAUGCAGAAUCUGGUUCAUUUUUUCGGAAGCUAGACAAAAUCGAGCAAGCUCAUGGAAGAUCUUUUAAUGGCUUAAAAGACAAUGAUGGCGGCAAUUCACGAUUUAUGGAUGUUCAAGAUGAAAGUUUUAAUACACUCUCAGAUGGUAUGGAUUCAAAAUUGAAGAAAGCAGCUAAUACUUUUGCUUUUACUGAUGAGGUUAAGGAAGAUGAUUAUAAAUUUAGACCGGAUGUGACCUUUAGGCCUGGAACAACCUACACACUUAGGGAUCUUGAUCUUACAAAACCUGGAAUACCGAGGAGUUUUAAAAAGGCAGAAUUUGAAACCACCACCAAAGAAGUUCUAAAGAAAGCUGAUUUCAGGAACGUGAGAUUUCUUUCCAAAUUUCUAACCGAGGCUGGAAUUAUCAUCAAAAGAAGUCAGACAAAGAUUAGCGCUAAAGCUCAGAGGAAAGUUGCGAGGGAGAUCAAGACGGCGCGCGCAUUAGGGCUCAUGCCUUUUACUACCAUGGGCACAAAACCUUUCAUCUUUGGGAAAACCAUGGAAGAUGAUGAAGAGGAAUUUGAAUUCGACGCAUACAAUGGUGUCAAUUCCCCUGCAUUAGAUGAUGUUGAAAGUUGAUUUAUUGUGAUAUUAUCAUCUGGAGUACUCGAAUGCAUAGCAUAUUGGUUAAAAGUAAAGUGAAUAAUCUUAAGCUAUCGGAUUCGAGUGCUCCACCCUACCGAAAAGAAAAAAAUAUUCACUUGUAUCAUUUUCUAAAAGUGCAUGGGUUUGUGUAUCCUUAUCUCCAUGGAUUGUUUUGGGAUUGUUUAUUAUUAUUAUUUUAUUUUAUGUUAGAAAAAAAUAGAACUUUAUUU